AUGGCACUUUUGAUUUUACUCGGUACAUUGGUUUUCGCGUUAAACUGCAAUGCUGUACUCGGUGAAAAUCUUAACUGGCUGAAUAGAUACUUCGACAGCAGUCCAAGUGCUUAUUCUGACGAAGAUCGAGAACCGGAGCACUCAAUUCUAAGAGCUGAUGAACCAACCGAUUCUUCAGAUAACAAUGACAUUAAAACGUUAUUCUCUAAUCCGAAACAUGGAGAGGAGAGAGAUGCUGAAGAAUUUCUCAGUGAAAUGCUAAGAGUACUACAACAAUACUUCGCGAGGAAGUUGCCACAAGAUAAACUUAUGAACAAGUCUGCGUUUGGUGAGAAACAAAAAGACAAACAGAACAUCGCAUGGUCUUACUACGAUGAUGUAGGAAAAUAAAUACUGUAUUGGACAA